CAAACUUUAUUGAAGGGUUGAAAGUUUUGAUGGCCGGAAUCAUUGGUUUGCUGUGGGUUGUCCAGGCCGUGUGGGCAUGUUCCAGUAGCAUUCUCUCCUGAUGUUGCACCUGCAUCUGGCUGGGCAUCUUCAGAAGUCUGUUGGAGGUUCUGCGACGCCUCCGGCCCGCGGUGCUGUGUGUCCAGUGUCCAUCCCGACAUGGCUGCCACCCAAGGCCCCCCCUCCACCGCCACCCCCAGCAGUGCGGCCCCUUCCUCCUCCUGGCUGUGGGAGGCGCUGGCCAGCGGCUUCCUCUCCUGCCCCAUCUGCCUGGAGCGCUUCAGCCGGCCCAAGAUCCUGCCCUGCCUGCACACUUACUGCCAGGGCUGCCUGGAGACGCUGCUGGACGGGCGGGCGGAGGGAGAGGCGGGGGCCGAGCCACAGGAGCUGCGCUGCCCCGAGUGCCGCACCCGGGUGCCCCUCCCGGCCGGAGGGGUGGCCGCCAUCAAGACCAACUUCUUCAUCAACGGGCUGCUGGCCCUGGCCUGCCCCGCAGGGAGGGCGCCCUCCUCCCCCGCCUGCGCCCUAUGCGCUCUCAUCGGGCAGGAGCCCCCCCAGGUGGCCGCCUCGCAUUGCCUGGACUGUGCCGACGACAUGUGCCCGUCCUGUGCCGGGGGGCACCGCUGCUCCCGGCUGACGCACAACCACCGCGUGGUGGACAUGGAGGGCUACCUCUCGGGCCGCUACGACCGGGAAGUCCGGGAGCGGCAGGCCUCCCGCUGCAAGGAGCACCCCGGGGAGGAGCUGCGCUUCUUCUGCGACCCGUGCGCGGCCCCGCUUUGCCGGGAGUGCCGCCUGGGGCCCCACCUGCAGCAUCCGUGCCGCACCCUGGCCGAAGCGGCCGAGGAGCGCCGCCCGGCAGUCGAAGGGCUCCUGGCCAAGGUUGAGGCAGCGGCACAACGUUUGGCCACAGACAGGGCCGGCCUGGAAGUCGCCACAGAGGAGCUGGAGGCCGGCCAGGCCAGGAUCCGGACACGGGUGAAAGAGGCGUGUUCGCGGGCCGUGGAGUGGCUGCUGUCGCAGAAGAAGGAGGUGUUGUCUCUCCUCUCGGAGCAUGUGGAGGAGCAGAGGAAGGCCUGGACUGUCCUGCGGUCAGAGCUGGAGCUGCAGGAGCAAGUGGCGUCCAGCACGGCGGCCUUUGCCCGGAGGGUCCUGGCCCAGGGCCAAGGGGUGGAGGUCCUCUCCCUGGAGCAACUGGUCUCUGAGCGGCUGAAGGAGCUCCAGGAGGGGCGCUCCUCCCGGGCGAUGCUGAGGGUCCGGCUACCCCGGCUGGAGAUCCACAUGGCGGACCUGCAGGGUGGCCGCAGCCCCUUCCGCCUGGACUUCAUGGAGGAAGAGAAGGAGGAAGAGGAAGGGCAGGAGGAGGAGGAGGAAGAGGAGCUCAGCAGGGCAGAGAAGAAGAGGAGGAAGAAGAAGACGAAGAAGCAACAACAGCAGACAGAGCCCCAGCCUGAGGGAGAGCCCCCCGCCGCCCCCUCCCCAGGGAAGCCCCCCGGUCAAGCGGCCCCAGCUGCAGCCCCCAGCUCCGGCCUUCGCGGCCCCGCGGCCCCCAGGGCCCUCUUCUCCUGCAGCUUCUGGGCCAAGACCCCCACGGACAAGCGGCGCCCGCAGGUGACCGGCCUGUGCCCCUUUGGCCCCGGGGAGGUGCUGGUGGCCGACGAGACGAACCGGCGGCUGAAGCGCUUCUCCUUGCAGGGGGACUUCAAGGGGACGGUGCCGGUCCCCGAGGGCGUGGCCCCCUUCAGCGUGGCCGCCCUGGGCAGCAAGGUGGCCUUCACGGCCGGCCCCCAGCUCUUCCUCCUGGACGGCUGCGGGGGGCUGGCCUGGCAGAGGGUGCUGCCCAAAGGUCAGGCCAGCCAUGCCAUCGCCGCUCUGGGGAGCGACCGCCUGGCGGUCAGCGUAACCGGCCACCUGGAGCUCUACAACCUGGAAGGGCAGCAGGUGGGCAAGGUCCGGCCAGGGGGCCCCGCUGGGCGCUGCCUGGUCUUCCUGGCCAGACACAAGGGGGGCUUCGUGGGGUCCGACUGGCAGCAUAACAGCGUGGUGCUCUUUGCGGAGAGCGGGGCCCUGGUGACCGAGUUCCGGGAGGGGCAGCUGGGGGGCUGCCAGCCGGGGGCCGUCUGCGCCGACCCUCAGGGCACCGUCUAUGUGGUCCUGAGGGAACUCAACCGGGUGCUGGCCCUUUCCCCGGCCGGGGAGGCACUCGGGGACUUCCUGACAGCUGAAAAUGGCAUUGACCGGCCCCGUGUGGCCACCGUGGUUGGAGAUAGGCACUUGGCGCUGGCCCUCAGCAACGGGACCAUCCACGUCUUCAAGAUCAGGUAUUAGAGACACAGAAUCCUAGAGUUGGAAGAGACCCCAAGGGCCAUCUAGUCCAACCCCAAUCUGCCAUGCAAGAAAAGCACAAUCAAAGCACCCGUGACAGAUGGCCAUCCGGCCAACCUCUCCGUGGCUCCAUUGAGUCCUAGUCUCCAGGGCAGCAAAAACCCAGCCAGCUUCCUCUCCCUUAUGGCAUCCUUUCACGUAUUGAUACCAGGCUCUCGUGUCUCCUCUCAGACUCAGCUCUUUAAGUUGCUCCUCAGGGGGAUGAUUCUUGGUCUCCAGGCCUUGGAUCCUUGGAGUCUCCCUCUUCCUCUGGACUCCUUCCGGCUUAGAGUCCAUCUCUCUUUUAUGUUGCCGUGCCCUUUGAUGUCACAAGUUAAAACGGGUAUGUGGAAACACACAGAUUUUUGUGACAUUUGGGGUAAACUUAUUGAGUUUCUAUUCAUUGAAGGACUGCACAAGUCUCUUGUGUCAUCAAGCCUCCAGACCUCAAUGAGUAGCUAGGCUAGAGGUAGGAUUUGCUGGGGAAUUCCCCCCCCCCCCCACCACCACCACCACAUUCCUAUCCAUGUUUGCCAAAAGGGCUUGGAGACCGGCCACUCAUCACACUAGAGAGAAAAACCCACUUAAAACCUGGUUUCUGCCUCUUGCAGAAUUCUGGGUUUUGUAGUUUAGUGAGGCUGUGAAAGGCUCCUCCCUAAACCACAAACCCCAGAAUUCUGCAAGAGUGGGACAAAGGACUCUUGUCUGCUGGAGCUAGGUGGGAAUGCUUCAACUGACCACCUUGAUUAUCAUUAAAGUGAAAUUGAACGAAACUAGGUGGGAAGCAUUUUAUUGUCAUGUUUAUUGGUAUUUUAGAUUGGCUAUUAUACACAAUGUUAACAUGCUCAAGGAUUUUAUGUAUAAGCUCUAUUAAGACAUCCAUAAUUGUUGUCUUUUUAAAAUAUUAUGUACUUUCCUGAUUUAGAUAUUGUUGCUUUAAUGGUUAAUUGUGUGUUCUGAUUAAA